ACAUAUUUUGUCAAAACAGAUAAUAAUAAAUUCUUAAAAAUAGUCACAUAUAUAACUUUGCUAUAUAUAACUCAAAACCCUAGCUCAACUUUUUUUUUGCCUCCAUUUUCAUUCCAUCAAGAACCCAAGUUUGUAAAAGUUGAGUAAUUUGAUUAAGUAUGUCGGAUGAGGAAAGAGAAGAGAAGGAAUUGGAUCUAACAAGUCCAGAAGUUGUUACUAAGUAUAAAUGUGCUGCUGAAAUCCUCAACAAGGCUCUGCAGUUGGUGGUGUUUGAAUGCAAACCAAAAGCAAAGAUAGUUGAUCUUUGUGAAAAAGGAGAUGCCUAUAUCAAAGAGCAAACAGGCAAUAUGUACAAGAACGUGAAGAAGAAGAUUGAGAGGGGCGUGGCAUUCCCGACCUGCAUUUCAGUUAACAAUACCGUCUGCCAUUUUUCUCCACUCUCUAGUGAUGAGACAGUAUUGGAAGAAGGCGAUAUGGUGAAGAUUGAUAUGGGGUGUCAUAUAGAUGGCUUUAUUGCUGUAGUUGCUCAUACGCAUGUGCUCCAGAGAGGACCUGUUACUGGUAGAGCAGCUGAUGUAGUUGCGGCUGCUAAUACAGCUGCUGAAGUUGCUCUGAGGCUCGUGAGACCAGGAAGGAAGAACUCGGAUGUAACAGAAGCUAUUCAGAAAGUUGCUGCAGCAUAUGACUGCAAGAUCGUUGAAGGUGUUUUGAGCCAUCAAAUGAAGCAGUUUGUGAUUGAUGGAAACAAAGUUGUCUUAAGUGUGUCCAAUCCUGAUACCAGAGUAGACGAUGCAGAGUUUGAGGAGAAUGAGGUCUAUUCAAUUGACAUUGUUACAAGCACCGGUGAAGGAAAGCCAAAAUUGUUGGACGAGAAACAAACAACCAUCUACAAGAGAGCUGUAGAUAAAAGCUACAACCUGAAGAUGAAAGCAUCGAGGUUUAUCUUCAGCGAAAUCAGUCAGAAGUUCCCUAUCAUGCCAUUUACAGCAAGGGAUUUGGAGGAGAAAAGAGCUCGUUUGGGACUAGUCGAAUGUGUUAACCAUGAACUUUUGCAGCCAUAUCCUGUUCUACAUGAGAAACCUGGUGAUUUGGUUGCUCACAUAAAAUUCACAGUGCUAUUGAUGCCUAACGGGUCAGAUAGGAUCACAUCUCAUGCUCUCCAGGAGCUGACACCUGCGAAGACAAUAGACAACGAACCUGAAAUCAAGACCUGGCUAGCCCUGCCUGUAAAGACCAAGAAGAAAGGCGGCGGGAAGAAAAAGAAAGGCAAGAAAAGUGAGAAAGAAGAGUCAUCUCAAGCUGAGCCUAUGGAAGGAGAAUCAAGUGUUGCUGAUUCUUGAUAAGUUGAUGGUGCUUGAUUGAUUCAAUUCCAAGAACUAUUUGGUUUCUCAUUGUUAUUUGAUAUGGGAUUAUUGAGGUGGUUUUGGAUCUUUCUUGCGGCCUUUUUGCUAUACAAGAUGGGCAUGGACAGUUGUUGUCCUUAUACUGAGACUUUUGUCAUGUUAAAAUUAUCCAGUGGGGUUUCCAAUUUUCUAAUGCUUUUAUUAUCCAAAGCUU